AGGCCAGAGGAUCAAGGAGCAGAAAAACAGAGCAAGAGAGGAAGCAAAAGGGCGUAAAGUCCGGCAGGGUACAGGAGAGGAAUAGACAGAGUGAGAAGAGAAAUAAUUUGAGGAAAACACUGUGGCAUCCAGACACAAACAUGGCUCAGAGACCAAGGACUUUCAAGUUUGAGGGUAUUACCAUGAGUCAUUAUUUCACAGAUAAUUGGGAAAAAGUGAAAAAUUUCAAAGCGAAACCCGAUGAUGUAGUGAUAGCUACAUACCCCAAGGCAGGGACAACAUGGAUGUGUGAGAUUCUUGAUCAGCUUUAUUUCGGUGAGAUGCGGAAGGAAGGCUCGUUGUCCCCGUUGUAUGAACGAGUUCCUUUUUUGGAGGUGUGCAUUGAAGAGCUUUCAAAAGGGACAGAUCAGAUAGAGAGUCUAACUACUUCUCCGCGUCUCAUCAAAACUCAUCUUCCAGUGCAGCUGGUGCCACAGUCCUUCUGGGAGCAAAACUGCAGGAUGAUAUACGUGGCCCGGAACCCAAAAGACAGCAUGGUGAGCUACUACCAUUUCGAAAGGAUGAAUAAGAUUCAACCAGACCCAGGAGCUUGGGAAGAAUACAUCCACAAAUUUAACACUGGAGAGUUGGUGUUUGGUUCAUGGUAUGACCAUGUCCAAGGGUGGUGGGACAAAAGCAAAAGCUAUUCAAGGAUUCACUAUGUUUUCUUUGAAGACAUGAAAGAGUUCCCCCCUCCACAGGAUGCUGCUCGUGAGAUUUCCCGCCUCUGCUCCUUCCUUGGUCUCUCACCAGCUGAAACACAGAAGCAGGAAGUGUUGAGAAAAACAGGGUUUGAUGAGAUGAAGAAGAAUUUUGCGGAUGAAAUAUCCAAAAUUAAAAUAUUUGACGAGUCCAUUUCUCCCUUCAUGAGGAAAGGAGCUGUAGGCGACUGGAAGAAUCACUUCACAGCGGCUCAAAAUGAAGCCUUUGAUGAAGAAUAUCGAAAGAAGAUGAAGAACAGUGACCUGAAAUUCAGAAUGGAAAUCUAGAGCAAUCCAGGCGCUUUCUUGACGACCUGUUCCCUCAUUUUCUUUCCAUCAUGCAUGACAUUUCUUCAAUUAAUAACUUAAAACAUACUAGUAAUUAAAAAUUUCUGCUUUGUAUUUCAGCUAACAUUACUACUUUUUAAAAAAAAUAUCGUACGUCUUGUGAUGCACCUGGACACAUCAUCAGUAAUGUAACUUGAGGUCACUGGGCUGUUUCGGGUCUCACUAUGAGACAUCCUCGCCCAGGCGACCCAGCCAGGGUGUAUCGGUCUCCAGUACGUCCAGGUAGCGCUACCAAAAACCCACAGCCCACAUCUCCUUAUCCACAGCUAUCUACUGUAGUACAUCUUCCUGCUUCUGAGAAGCAUCAUUAAGAGCUCUCAUGGCCUUCCACCUUCAGCUGCCUGUGAUACCCAACAUAUCGUAUUUACUGGAAUAUAACUCGCCCUCGUGUAUAUCUCGCACCCCUCGUUUUACUUUAUGAAAAAAGAAAUUAAAAAGAAAAGAAAAAAGACAUUGUAAAAUUUUGCAUAUACCUCGCACACAAGAAUCAGCAUUUCAGCAAUCGUUGGCUUGCCUUUCCUGUUGAUCUUUUGUUAAUAGCGCACCAAUCAUUAUGCGUAGCGGCCGACCAUCGCUGUCCGUUUCGCGCUCCGCUUUGAGGUCACUUCUCAUAAGUCAUUCGUGAAACGUUGUUCGUAAUGUAUCUCAAAUCUUGUAAAUUACCCGUAAUUUUUGCUUGAAAUAUGGAGAAACGUUCAAGUUACAGUGCUGGUUUGAAACUCAAACUUAUUGAUUUUGCAGAAAAAACACAGCAAUCGAGCAGCAGGGCUUGAGUUUACAGUGACUGAGUUUAAUAAGUGAUAUUGGCAUAAAUAGAAACUUGCAUUACAAAACACCAAAAAGUCAAGAAAAGCAUUCCGAGGACCUAAACGUGGAAAGUUUCCUACAUUUCAGGACGAGUUUUUUCAAUAUGUGUUAGGUUUGCGUAAAGAUGGUUGCUGUGUUUCGCAUGUCAGCAAUUAUAAAUUAUAAUGAAUACCGAGGAUUUAAUUACAAACGUCAAUUUAAUUUUUUCCCAAAAAACUUUAGUUUCCAAAAAUUACCACAUAUAUCUCACUCUCUGAUUUUUUUACUUGAAUUUUGGGGGAAAAAGUGCAAGUUAUAUUCCAGUAAACGUGGUACUAAAGGCUCUAUAGACUUCCCUGCAAAUUCCAUGCUACCUACCUUGAUGGGCAUACACCUUGGGCUCCAGCCUUUUGAAUGGCAUUCCUCUAACAGUUCCUCUAGCCAUCUUUCUUUCAUUAGUAUCUUCCAUCCAUUCUUCCCGAAGAAUUGUAAGCUCCAACAAGACGACUUGUUUAGAUGCUUCUGAGAACAACACAGUGUCUGGACUCGAAAAUGCCUCUGUGAUAGUGACUGGAAACCUUGGCUGCCAGUUUAAGUCAACCAUCAAUUGGAAAUCUGAUGCUGUCACCAGAAGCCCUGAACUGGCAUUGGGUGCUUCUUCACUUUCCUUGACAAAUGCUAUGGUCUGCUUUGCUGGCCAGCUGGUCCUACUGAGUGUUGUCCUCACUGUGAUAGAUUCUGCCAUAGCCUUGAGCACCUGGUCAAGGCACCAGCAAUAGCAGCCCUCACUCAGUGCUCUUGGCAACUGUUGAGAGCAUCCUCCAAUGAUGCUAUCUUCCGACAUAAUGUGCAUGAUGGAGAAUCAGCUUUUCAGGUUGGAAGGACUCAGCAGCACAUCAUGAACUGCCUAUAUCAGAAAGUUAAUACGGUUCUCCAGAACUUUGCCCAUAAAACCUUA